GCAAUGUCUGACAGUUUAUCUUUAUUCUCACUUUCAGGAAAAGUGGCUCUUAUUAGUGGAUGUACUCGAGGCAUCGGGAAGUCCAUGACCUUAGGUUUAGCAGAAGCUGGUGCUGAUAUUGUCCUUUUACAACGCGAUAUCAACAAUACAACGGUAUAUGAUGCAAUCAAAGCUUUAGGUCGACAAUGUUAUAUUGUUGCCUAUGACUCCAGUGAUCCUUCAUCUGUCAGGACUGUCAUUGAUCGUGUUUUACAAGUGGUGCCCACUUUUGAUAUUUUGGUGAAUAAUGCUGGCAUUACUCGUCGCCAUUCUGCUGACACGUUUCCUGAAGAGGAUUGGGAUUUGGUACUUCAAGUGAACCUGAAAUCAGUAUGGCAAGUCAGUCAAGCAGCUGGACGUCAUUUUCUUGCUCUCAAGAAACCUGGCAAGAUCAUCUCUACAGCAAGUUUAAUGUCUUAUCAAGGUGGUAUUCUGACAACAGCCUAUGCAGCAUCCAAAGGUGGAUUGGCGACCAUGACCAAAGCUCUAGCAAAUGAAUGGGCCUCUUCCGGUAUUGCCGUCAAUGCCAUUGCUCCGGGGUAUGUAGCUACUGAUUUGACUGCUGCUUUAAAAUCAAGUGAUCGAGAACCAAGUAUUAGUUCUCGUAUUCCUGCUGGUCGAUGGGCAACUCCCGAUGAUUUCAAGGGUCCAGUAGUCUUUUUGGCUUCGCGUGCAAGUGAUUAUGUCCAUGGGGAACUUUUGGUGGUGGAUGGUGGUUGGAUGGGUCGAUGAACAAACUGGUGUAAUGCAGAAACCCUCCCUUUUUUUUGAUUGAUUACCUCUCAUUAUUUCCCUACUUUUGAUCCUAGUAUUAGUUGGUUUUUUUUUACUGGUCAUAUAUUCCUCCUUCUUUGAAUCAAAUAAAAUCUCUCGUUGUUUUUAUCAUUGU